GAUGGUGAAGUCUGUGCUGGACCCAAUCUCAGGCUCACGAUGGCACAAACACCGAGGGAGUGGGAACCCUCUGGGCUUGUGCAGGGCUACGUAGAGGAGCUCGGCCAGAGGCAAAACCCAAACCGCUUCCUUCCCCUUUGGCAGGAAGGGUUCCCAGGGCCCCACCAAGUUGAGCCACACCGAGACACAGCUUGGAGGGGGACGAAGCCACUCGCCAUGGCUCCGCUGACACAGGCGCUGCCUCUUGCCUGCCUGCUGCUGCUGCUGCUGGGCAGUGCCCCGGGUGCGGAUGCCCAGGCAGGCUUUGAGCUGCACCAGCCCCAGAAGGAGGUGUUUGUGAGAGUGGGGGAGACGCUGACCCUGAGCUGCACCGUGACUGGAGGGAGUCCCAUCGGCCCUGUGAAUUGGUUGAAGGGCUGGGGCAGUCGCAGUGAGGCCAUUUAUGACCAAUUAGACCACUCAUCCCGUGUGAUGAGGGCAGUGAUUGAUUCCAACACAGACUUCACCAUCCUCAUCAAAGAUGUCCGCCCUGAGGACACCGGCACCUAUUACUGUGUGAAGUUUCGCAAAACAGGCAUCAGUAAAGAGUUGUAUCGGCGUGGCGAGGGCACGGUGGUGUUGGUGCAGGGUGCGGAUGCCCGGGCGGGUCAGGGCUUCGAGCUACACCAGCCCCAGAAGGAGGUGUCGGUGAGAGUGGGGGAGACGCUGACCCUGAGCUGCAUCGUGACUGAAGGGGGUCCCGUUGGCCCCGUGAAGUGGCUGAAGGGCUGGGGCAGUGGCAGUGAGACCAUUUAUGACCAAAAAGACUCCUCAACCCGGGGGAUGAGGGCAGUGGCUGUUUCCAACACAGACUUCACCAUCCUCAUCAGCGACGUCCGCCCCGAGGAUGCCGGCACCUAUUACUGUGUGAAGUUUCUCAAAAGAGCCACCGGUGAAGAGUUGUAUCGGCAUGGCGAUGGCACGGAGGUGGUGGUGUUGGCGGUGCAGGCCAGACCCUCCAACCCGAUUCUGACCAGGCCCAAAUACCGAGUGCAGCCGGGGAAGAAGGCAUCCUUCACCUGCAAGACCUGGGGGUUCUUCCCCAGUGACAUCAAUGUGAAGUGGUUCAAGGACAAGACCCUGAUUCAGUCUCAGCUGCGUAAAGUCACCCCUGGGCCAUCAAAGUUCACCUACAACAUGUCCAGCACCGUGACGGUGACGCUGCAGAAGGACGACAUCCGCUCAGAGCUCACCUGCCAGGUGCUGCACACCACGCUGACGGCCCCGCUGACGAGGAGUUACCAUCUGAGCCAGAUCCUGCGAGUUCCCCCCAGCACGGUUGUGGUUCAGCCUCUGCGCCCCGUGGGGCUGAACGAGACGGUGAGCUUCACCUGCUACGUGCAGGGCUUCUACCCGGGAAGCGUGACCGUCACCUGGCUGGAGAAUGGGACGGAGAUGAACACGGGGUGCACCCCCAGGCCUAUUGAGACCCCCGAGGGCUUGUUCGAGCUGAGGAGCACGGUGGCGGUGGAAGCCGUGCCGGAGAAGAACGGCUCCGUGUUCACCUGCCGGGUGCUGCACGAGGGCCAGGAAUCCCUCAGCAGCAGCACCACGCUGUGGGUCGCUGCCUCAGGACAGCAGGGGAACAGCUCAGGCGGUGCCCAUCUCCUGUCCAGCCCCGGCCUGUGGCUCUGCAUGCUGCUUGACAAGGCGAUCCUCGGCCUCGUGCUCUUCUUCCUCUUCAAGCGCUGGCAGGCCUGAAGAGAGGCCAGCGCGGCACAGCGAGGCCACCGAGACGGGAGAGACGCAGGAGAGCGUUGUCAGAGCUCCGUCACCUCCAAGCCGAGCGUGCCAGGCUCGGGCCCUGUGGUGCUGCACGAGCAGACCCGCUGCUUCUUUCAGGGGUCCUGCACCACCACCCCUGCUGCCUCGUUCUUCUGCCUCCUCAGCCACCCGGCGAGGCCCCGUCCCUUGGCAACUCACUAGGCCAGAGGUCCCGGACCCCCCCCCCGUCCCCAUCCCCUCACUGCGCUGCUGCGCACAUGGUUAUCACCAAAAAUACAAAUCCUUUGAAAAA